AUGUCUGCAUCUAAUAUGGCUAAGAAAGCAAAACAAACAUCCAAGAAGGUGAACAAGAAGCUGGAAGACCUGCUAGAGGCCGAAGAUGGGCCAUCAUAUGCAGCAGGACAGAUGUUCUCGCUUGAGAGUGUACUGGAUGCUCUUCCAUUGUUUGAUGAAGAGGAGACAUCACUGAAGUAUUCCAAAGGAGCACGAAGGAAAGGCGACGGCUUCCGCUACGAAGAGAUGGUCAUUGCGCUGGUCUUCCUCCGCUGCCUCAGGAAGCGGCUCCCCGACUUCGAGGUGACGUCCGACAACUGCUAUGCGGGCAGGUUUGACGACAUUGUCGUUACGUGGAGGGGAGACCGUCACAGGUACGCCUUGCUCGUGCAGCUGAAGCACAAAACGUCGACAGAAUACGAAAAGAUCAAAAAGGGCCAUCUGUUUUCGACGAGUGAUAACAAAAAACUCGAUUUCAACAUUCCGAAGUACCACGAAUCUUUCAGAAGUGUUAAAAAGAAUCUAAACGGCGGUCAGUACGCCCUGGUGCUCCUAACUAACGUCCCACUGCACGAUAAUGCCUUGGGAUUCUUUACGGAGCGGCGGACGACCUCCGUCUUGGGGGCGGAUCUCCUUGAGGCUGGUGGCAGAGUUUAUACGCUCGACACCAGAGCAGUUGCUGGGUUUGACCCCGAUUUCAUGGAACAUUUUUUCAUGUUCUGUAAUCAAAAGGGCGUCAACGAAAUAACGGACGACAUAUGCGCAGAGCUCGUACACCUACUGGGGCCUACGGACAGCUACGAGAGAUUGUGCGAAGAACUGUGCAGGUGUGUCAUGGAGUGGAAAGAUAUGCCGAGCGAAGAGCAAGAGAGCCUUAAUGGUAGCUGGACCAAAUGGCGAGAUAUUGUUCGCCAGCACAGAGUGACCAAGAUCAACGACUGCGAUCGCUUGACAACGAGGCUGAAGUUCCGCAGUGUGGAAGGUGUUCGCCGGUACGUGGACAGUGCCAACCCCGCCUGCGUGAGACCUCUGUCGGCUGACACCAUGGCUCUGACAGUCACUAAGGUCCACCAAGCAAUACACCCGGAAACACACAUCAUGGUGAACGUCAAACGAUUCAGGGAGUCACAAUUGGGUGUUCUUCGAUGGUGGGGUCCCUCCUGCAGAUGGCUGGUUCUCGUAGACGAUGAUCAAGAGGAAAGAAGACAAUCCCUUAACUUGCUUAACAAGAUGAGACGGCAGCUAGAAGGUGGCCGUCGUCUGAUUGUUGUGUCAAUGAGAGAAGAGGCAUCUUUCCAGGACUCAUUCCGGUGUGCUGACGUCAGCGAUGAGAGCUGGGACGAUCUCCUGCUUACAAAAAUCAGGCUCAAUGGGGCUAAGCGUAAACGCCAGCUAGGCGAGCUUGUGUCGAAUACAGCAGAGCUCCAGAACCUGUUGAAACACAGGUUAUCCUGCUUGAUCGCACUCGCAAGGAACUCAGGCUGUGUGAAGCUGGGCCAAACAUUCGAGCCCCCAUCAGAAAACUAUGUGCCAAGGCAGUUGGUUACACAACAGUACGUGAAGGACGAAUUCUUCUCAUCCCUGGCUGUGAGAGAUGUAUGUAUUGCAGAUAAUAGUACCUGUCGGAUACUUUUAGAGAAACUGGGCUACCUUAUGAAGAAUUACAAAUUGUGCACCUUUGGGGAAUUGGAGAAAUACCUUGCUUUGCACAUGUCAAUGCCCAUUUUGGCUAAAACUGAAAGUAUUGAUAUUAUCGCCCUUGAAAGGAUAUGCAGAAAAUACAAAGGGCUACAUAUGUUUGCAGUAAAGCACACUGAACGUGGGUGGAAUGUACAGUACUUCCUUGCUGGAAGUGGUAGGAUCCGACACUAUGUCAGAGAGCAGACAGUACAGCUCCUGGAAGCACUGGAUGCUUUCAAUAACAAGAUAAUUGUCGAAGGCAGACCUGGGAUUGGCAAGUCAACAAUGCUGUUGCGUCUAGCUACAGAAGUGAAACAAAGUAACCCAAGCAGCUGGGUUGUACAGAUAGAUCUGAGAGAAUGCUACGAAAAGUUUGAGAAGCAUAUGAGUGCUGAGGAAGUCGGGGAACUUUUCCUGCAGAGUGUGAUGUUCAAUGAAGGGGAACUGGCUGAGCUGGAGUUCACCUUGCUCCAGCACUGUCUUCAGAAUUACAAAAACAUGGUGUGUCUGGUGGAUAACUUCGAGGAAGUGGGUCCAGACUAUGCAGAGGUGUUUCUUCAAGCUCUGAGGCUUGUAUCACCCAACCGAGGUUUCGACCUAGAGCGCUCAGAUGGAGAUUCGACGGCUUAG